GACCUCGUGGGUGCGUGCUGUCCCUUGGCCUGCCCGGUGCGGACGGUGCAUGACUCUUGCUCCUGCUCCCCUGUCGCGAAAACAAAGCACCACCGCCACUGACAAAAACUAGCAAAAAUCCCCAAUUCCGCCGCAGUCCGAUCCUCCAAACCCUAAAGCUCCCAAUCCCCAACCUUUCCUACGUCUCCGGAUGCCCUCUACCCGCGCGGCCUAGGGCGGCAGCAGUCGUCUGGCAGGCGGGGACGCGCCAAUGGAGCCGCGCGUGGCCAACAAGUUCCGCCUCGGGCGCAAGCUCGGGAGCGGAUCCUUCGGGGAGAUCUUCCUUGGUACUCACGUGCAGACCAACGAGCAGGUCGCGAUUAAGCUGGAAAAUAUGAAGACAAAACAUCCUCAGUUGCUGUAUGAGGCAAAGCUGUAUAGGAUACUUCAGGGUGGAACUGGAAUUCCAAACAUCAAGUGGUUUGGUGUCGAGGGUGACUACAAUGUUCUUGUUAUGGACCUCUUGGGUCCAAGCCUUGAAGAGCUUUUCAGCUUUUGCAACAGAAAACUGUCCCUGAAGACAGUUUUGAUGCUUGCUGAUCAGUUGAUCAACCGGAUCGAGUAUGUUCAUAUGAAGUCCUUCUUACAUCGAGAUAUUAAGCCAGACAAUUUCCUCAUGGGCCUUGGCAAGAGAAUGAAUCAGGCAUACGUGAUUGAUUUUGGAUUGGCAAAGAAAUACAGGGACAGUACAAACCAGCACAUUCCAUACAGAGAGAACAAAAAUUUGACUGGGACAGCACGAUAUGCAAGUGUAAACACUCAUCUCGGAAUUGAACAAAGCAGGAGGGAUGACAUGGAAUCACUUGGAUAUGUACUCAUGUACUUCUUAAGAGGAAGUCUUCCUUGGCAAGGUCUAAAAGCUGGGACCAAGAAACAGAAGUAUGAGAAAAUCAGUGAAAGGAAGAUCGCUACUUCAGUUGAGGUUCUCUGUCGUGGAUACCCUCCUGAAUUUCAACGCUACUUCCAUCACUGCCGUGCGUUACGCUUUGAUGAUGCGCCUGACUAUCAAUACCUGAAGAAAAUGUUCAGAGACCUUUUUAUUCGAGAGGGAUUUCAGUUUGAUUAUGUUUUUGACUGGACCAUUCUUAAGUACCAGCAAUCGCAAAUGACCAUUCCACCGCGUGCUAUGGCUGCAGCAACGGAUCAAAGCUCCAGGAUGGCUUCAAUGGCAAAUAAUAAUGGACUGUCAGCCACUGAAGAGGGAAAGAGAAGUGGGUGGUCAGAUGAUCCCUUGCGACGCCAGGUUCCACCUGCAGGAAUAAAUGCAGGCAGCUUGGCAAAGCAGAAAUCUCCAGUUAGACAAGAAGUGUCCACAUCAAAAGAUGCUGUGUUCGCCAGUUCAUCUAUUUUGGGUCGGUCAAGCGGAUCGUUGAGGCGUCCUGCUGUUCCUAGCAGCCGAGUUCCAACGAGUGAAGCUUUACUACGCAGUCGUACACCAGAUGGAAGCCCAGGGUCUUUCCAAAGAAAUGCUCCUACACAUAGGACCUCACAGACCCAUGAGUACUUGGACCGCUCCGGAGUUUCGUUGUCUGGCAGGCUCAUGCCCAACACCAAGCAUUAUGAGUCCACUCUAAGGAGCAUCCAAGGCCUAAAUGUUGAUGCCAAUGAUAGGAUCCACUACUAGCAUCUUGUGGAUCCCAUGGACGUGUACAAUCUAUAUGAUAUCUUGAAGUCCAGAUGAAGAGCAAGUAUGUAACUUCCAAGCUACCUGCUGGAGGAGCAAGGCCACUUGUUGACCCAGCACUGCACUCUAGUUGGCGAAAUAAAGGGCUGUCUGUGUUCUGGAGCAGCUUUUGUCUUAAGAAAUGGCAUCAUGGCCAUGUUUUAGCUCUGUACAGGUUCUGAUUUGUCCAUAAUGUGCUUGUGGAUUCUGGUUUAGCGUUUUCCACAUAUAUAAUCUCUCUUCUCGAGCUGUGUCAGCUCGGUCGUGCACCGUUUGCUCCUUUCUGUAUGCGUGGAAUUCGUAAGUAAUCUAAGGUGAUUAUCAUUCAAGUA